AUGAAGAGAAAGAAUAUGGAUGCUUACCAGACCAUGCAAAAACUUGUUUUUCAAACCAAAAGGUGGCAAUUUGAAAGCAAUAUUAUCGGGAAAACUGAGGAAGAAAAUUAUGUCGGUGGAGUGAAAAACCAGACUGCAGAACAACAGGAUUCUAAAGGAGAAAAGAAACCUCCAGGUAAAGCUUCACCAUUUCUAAUGGCAGCAAUGAGAGGCAUCAUAGAGAUGGUGGAAAUUCUAGAUGUCUCUCCAGUGGUAGCUCUCGAUGUGGAUUCAGAUGGAAAGAAUAUUGUAUUGUUGGCGGCCGAGUACGGACAAACCCACGUUUAUAAGCAUAUGUUGAGAAUAGGAAAACUAAAAUUAUCUAAAAUGAUGAUGGACACUUUGUUUGGGGGAGUGGAUGAAGAGGGAAACAGCGCUUUGCAUAUGGCUGCCAAGUUCAACAAAGAGAAGCCUUGGAAUAUCCCAGGAGCAGCUCUUCAAAUGCAAUCGGAGAUCAAGUGGUACAAGUAUGUCCAGAAAUCCAUGGAACCAGGCUUCUUCAAACAUUACAACCUCAAACGCCAGACUGCCCAAGAGAUCUUCACCGACACUCAUAAGGACCUGCUCAAGAAAGCUCAAGAGUGGUUUAUCAGCACCUCACAGUCGUGUUCUGUGGUCGCCGCCCUUAUCGCCGCAGUUGCCUACACCUCCGCCACCACCGUGCCGGGAGGCAACAAUCAGAACACGGGUUUCCCCAUGUUCGAGAGCCAGUCCACCUUCCAGGUUUUCGCCAUGUCGUCUCUCAUCGCCCUAUGCUUCUCAGUGGCGGCUCUCGUCUCAUUCCUCUCCAUCCUCACCUCGCGCUUCCAUGAGUCGGACUUCGAGACCAAACUCCCAACGCAGCUCCUAGGCGGUAUCACCGCCCUCUUCUUGUCGAUUGUCGCCAACCUCGUCUCCUUCUGUGCGGGUCAUUUCUACAUCAUCCACAACAAGCUUGAGUCCAGCGUGUACUUCUUAUAUGGGUUCCUGAGCCUCCCGGUGAUGACAUUCUUCUUUAUGUCGCAGUUGCGUCUCUACGUUGAUCUCAUAAGGGCCCAGUUUUCCCAGGAGCCGGAACGAUCCGGAGAGCCACAUUGCUUCUAA